AUGAGAACUAUAAUACCUGAAGUCAAAGUGAUGGAUGGCUUGCUUCAGUUCUGUAUCGAUGAGGACUACACGCCUCACCCCGACGAAGCAAUUAAGGACUCACCGAAGCCACUGGAGUCCCCAACAUGUUUUGACCAACCAACGCAUCGCGUUUCCCUUAUGACAAAUUCGCUCGGAGACCACCUCUCUCCCCUUGCAAAUUAUUCGACGUGCGAACCCGAUAAAUCAUGCAUCACUUUUCCACUUUUAGCAGGUGAAGACAUCGUCAAUGAUCACAAAGGAUUCAUUCUCGAUAAUAAACACACAUCAAUCUACAUCACCACACACCGUAUUAUCUUUUUCUCACAUCCAAACAAGGACUGUUCGUACUACCCAUUUUUCUCUUUGCUCAAAAUCAGGACAUGUGGCAACGUAUACACCUUUUAUUUUAAAGACUACCGAAUC